AUGGAUGAGAAAUCAAGUCCAGAAGAAACUGGCCAACUAGUCUAUGAAGCUGUGAUGUAUGAGAACGAAGAACUUCUUCGAGAGCUAUUGGAAGCCAAUCCAGGGAAGGUAUAUUAUAGAGAUAAGCAUGGUAGAAGUGCUUUGCAUAUUGCUGCCCAAAAUGGCAACUUACCUAUCUUGGAUCUUCUAAUAGAAGCUGGUGCGGACGUAAAUAGUAUGGCUGGUCCAAGUGCACUGUGUGCUACUCCUUUACACGUUGCCGCAGUUGCGGGACGUUUAGAAGCGGUGCGUCAUUUAAUUGAAGCCGGAGCAGAGCUUUUGGCUACUGAUCUUAGAGACCAUUGCGCAUUAGAAUUAGCGCAAAUGGCGAACCAAUUCGAAACUGCUUGUCUUCUCAUCGAUGCUAUCGAAUCAGUUCGCAAUAAAACUCGUCAGUUGCAUGAUGAUCUCGUCAAAUCUGCGGAAGAAGGAGAUAUUAGAACUGUUAUUGAAACUUUGCCGAAUCUUACUAGUGCCAACUAUGAUGCUGUCCUGAACGGUGCGACAUUGGAUCGCAAAUGUGUUCUACACCUGGCUUGCUUAAAUGGAAGAAAAGAAGUUGUUGAGGCUUUACUGAACGUUCGAGGUCAUACACUUAUACAGCCAAAUACUCACGACACAGUGUUACAUGCUGCCAUAUCAUCCCAAAAAGCGAUCAUCGUAGAAAUGAUUCUUAAGGCUUUUACACAUUUGGUGACUGCAAAGAAUGCGGACGGUAGUACAGCAUUGCAUUGUGCAUCACAGUGUGGCAGUUUAGAUAUCGUUAAGCUGUUGCUAGAAUUUCCAUACGAGGAAGAUGUUCUCACAAAAAUUGAAGAUAUUUCUGGACGUUUCAGCUAUCGUUUCGUAUUAGACGUUAACGGACUGGAUGCACAUUGUCGUACUGCUCUAUACCUUGCGGUCGCUAAUUCUUAUUAUGAUAUUGUCAAGUAUUUGCUUGAGGUAGAAUUUCCAUCGAUGGACAUUGAUCAGAAAUGCCCAUUUGAAAUUGAUGUAUACUGCAGUGGUGGGAAAACUCCACUUAUGGUGGCCGCAGCAAACGGUGACAUAGCUUUAGUGAAACUACUAGUGGAUCAUGGAGCAGAUGUAAAUCUACCUUGUGGACUCACAGAAGCAGAUAUCAGUAGUGUAGAUGGUGCUCGAUGUAUUGGUUCUGGUGCUCUUAAUGAAGCAUGUCGAAUUGGUUGCGUCUCUUUGGUUCAGUUUUUGCUGCAGCGAGGAGCUGUUGACCACGAGAACGUUGCACUCGCUACAGCCUUCAAAUAUAAUCGGGAUUCAUUGGCGAGGCUAUUUCUGUUACGUCUUGCAUUCGUGGAUCCGGAAUACCGUGUCAAUAAGAAGAAUAUAGAUUUGGGACAGAUGUCAUCAAAUCGUAAUCAACUAUCUUCAGCUGUUUAUCCCACAACACCUUGCAUGCUGAACUGGCAUAAUGCAAGCUUAGAGGCUGUUUCGAACGAUUGGCUAAUUGCCGCAUCUCUGCAAGUAAAUCAGAGGCUGAGGACAUCACGAAUGGCGUUAGCAGCUCUUACACGAAUCGAUUUGUCGAAGAAUAAAAUGAAGAUAUUAAGUGGACAACUACUACAACUGCCUUCAUUAAGAAGUCUGAAUGCAGCGAAUAAUGAAAUUACGGAAAUUGAGGUUCCUAGCGAUGGGUUUCAUGCUCCGCUCUUAGAAAGCUUGCUACUGGAAUUUAACAAAUUGUCUGUUCUACCGGAUGAACUGUUCACAAACAAACUAUCAAUGCUGAAUUUUCUGGAUGUGUCGCAUAACAAACUAUGUUCUCUUCCGGAGACUCUGUGGUCUGCAUCGAGAUUGCGAGAACUAAAUGUAUCCAACAAUAUUCUUUCCGUGUUGCCGGCAAUUGGUUUUUUACAGUUUCGACCUUCGAGUAGUCUUUCUGAAACUGAGCAGCCAGAAUCACUCUAUUCGGAUUUGUAUACUCAUCAAAGCAACUUAUCAACGGAUGACUCUUUGAGUAUUGGAGGACGCAAUGAUGACUCCAACAUUACUAUUCAUGAACUAAAAAGGCAUAACAUAUGGCAGACGAGCAUUCGACUAGCUCGAUCGGAGGAAUCAGAUACCGAAAAUGGGCCUAUGUUUUUCUCUUCCAUGAUUUCUGUUUUCAAUGUGUCGCAUAAUAAUAUCAAAGUGAUGCCGUCGUGCUUGGCAUGUUGUUGUCCGUAUUUAACAAGACUCAAUAUAUCGCACAAUCAAUUGACAUCUCUUGGUCCAGUGCAGUGUUUACCUUCUCGAUUAAGACACUUAGAUGCUUCUAACAAUCAGCUUGUUACUGCUUUCGAGCGUCCAACUGCUGUGCAGUUAGUGUGUCACGCAGUUAACACUUCAUCAAAUGAAAUCUCACCAAUGAGACAUACAAGUCCUUUACGUAAUUCACGAUCUCGCUCAAAAUCAGCAGUUCGUAGUCAGCGUUCGUUAAGUGUUGCUCCAGCUGGCGAUACAUUAUGUGAUACAUUCAUUGAUGCUUGUUCUCAUAAGCAGCACACGAGAUUAGAAUCAUUGCGCACAUUUCUGGUAGCUAACAAUCGUCUUACGGAAAUUCCUCUUCUUGUUCCCAGUUCGAAGAUCAUUUCAUCCCCAAAAAAGAAGCAGCGUGAAAGCCGGCAGAGAUGUUCUGCGGCUAGGAGGCAGAUACUGUUUCCUGCUCUCACAACUCUCGAUGUGAGUAAUAAUUUCGUGUCGAACGUUCCUGCAGCAUUGUCCAACUUGGUGUCUUUGUCCGUAUUAAACUUGAGUGGAAACAGUGGCAUUGAAAUGCUGCCUCCAGAAUUAGGUCUUCUUAGUAAACUUUGGAAUCUUAUUUUGAAGGGUUGUUCUUUGCGAGAUCCGCUGAAGAGCAUGGUGCAUGUAGAGAGUUACAAAACUGUUAAUCUCAUUGCAUAUCUAAAAUCCGUCUUGGAAGAUUCUCGUCCUUAUACACGGCUUAAAUUGAUGAUCGUUGGAGUGCAAGGAAUUGGAAAAACCUCACUUUUACAACAAAUUCGUCUAGAGGGUACUGUGGGCAAAAGGACAUCACCAAAUGAUAGCUGGUCAAAAAGAAUGGGACAUAGUACAGGCAGCGGCGGAGAUCGUACCGCAAAGGGUGCCAACAUUUCCACAGUGGGUGUUGACAUCGGAGAAUGGACCUUUGAGCCAAAAAAGACGAAAGGAGAACCUACUUUCGGUCCGCUUACAUUUCGUACGUGGGAUUUUGGUGGACAACGCGAAUACUAUGCAACUCAUCAAUAUUUUUUAUCACGACGUUCUUUGUAUAUAUUGGUUUGGAAGGUAACUGAUGGUGAGACUGCAUUGCCAGAUUUGCGUCAGUGGCUCGUUAAUAUACAGGCUCGCGCACCGAAUUCCCCAGUAAUCAUCGUUGGUACCCAUGUUGAUCAAAUCUUUUCGAAUUCUGAACGUUUUCCACCUACUUAUCUGGAAGAUUUGAAUGCACUCAUCAGAGAUCAUUUUGUUAUGGUGUCCGAUGCAGACAAAAAAGGUUUACCACGAGUUGUCGAAUCAUUAUUUGUCUCAUCAAAAACGAAACAGAAUAUUCGUGCGCUUUGUAAUUUGCUUUAUCAUACUGCUUAUGAUAUUCGAACGGCGAAUAGCAAAGAACGACUCCUAGAUCAGAAGAUUCCAGCUUCUUAUAUGGCAUUAGAAAAAAUAGUGGUUGAACUGGCAGAUGAACGACGUUCGAAAGGAAUAGAACCAGUUAUGAGAAAUAGUGAUUUUCGCGCUACUAUUCAAGAAAGAAUGCUGAAAAAUUACGGUCGUGCAUUCCGUGAUGACAUCGAAUUUAACCACGCCUGCUCAUUUCUCCACGAGAAUGGAGUAAUACUGCAUUAUGAAGAUGUGACUCUGAGAGAGUUAUAUUUCUUGGAUCCACAAUGGCUGUGCGACAUCCUUGCUCAUGUGAUAACAAUUCGAGAAAUAAAUCCGUUUGCGCGCAAUGGACUUAUGAAAAUUGACGAUCUUCAAGUGUUAUUCAAGUCACUCAACUUGAACAACUCUGCUAUUAACCUAAGGUCCCACAUUAUAUCCUUACUGCAGAAAUUUGAGGUUGCACUUUAUUGGCAGUCGCGUUCACUACUGAUCCCUUCUUUAUUACCUGACGAAUAUCAAUUAAGAGGUGGUUAUCCAGGUUCAAGAGUUCUGGUGCCAACAAGGACUACAUCGUGGCAAUUGACAGUUAAGCAACGAGAAGCAAAAAAUAGCCUCAUAAUGAAAGCAUCACAUCUGCAGAUGCAGACACUAUUUUCUCAACGAAAUUUGGGUGGUAAGCGAUAUCGAACAACAGUACCGCUAACUACUAUUUUGAAUAGUCACGAGAAAUCUUCAGCAUCAGUUUCAGUUGGUCGUAAUGAGUCUGGUUGUGAUAAAGGAAUUCCUUUAAUUGACGAGCACAGAUGUACUGUAAAUAUGGAGUACUUGGAGCAAGAAGUAGUGCGUCGGAUCUAUAUGAUGGCAUACAUACCUUCCGGCUUUUGGUCACGGCUAAUGACACGGGUACUUGUCGAUGAUCAUAUCACAAUGUGCAUGGAACGUUUACUGGAAGUUGAAUAUUUGUCGGAAGAUUCUUCGUUAGAGACACUAAAUGAACUCUGUGAUAGGAAGUUUCUUCCGUAUUGGCUACUUUGGCAGACUGGUUUUGAGAUCUUGGCAUUUGAAAAAACAAUAUUUGUAAUGCGACAGUUUUUGCCGCUUGCUGAGGUGCGAGACGUUCAUUACGAAACAGUUGAAUGGCGUUGUUGUGCAGAGGAUAGUAAUUGGCGUACGUUAGAUAUAAGUGGUUCCUCGCUGAUCGAAAUUAUCAUUCCGGCAGUCAGGAUAAAUUUAGUUAGUGAUGAAAAAGAAUAUGUUCUUCGGAGUAACCGUGCUGCAGUGACCCGUCUCUUAGCUCUCAUUGUGGAUAUUAUGGAUACUUUGUUGGAAGAUUGGUAUCCGUCAUUGGGAACACGUUUUGUACAUACUUCGGAGGGGUGUCUCCUUGUAAAUCGUCUUGUUCCAUGUCUCAAAUGUGCCAGCAGUACACGAAAUUUGGAUGCUUUUUUUAAAGUUAAGAAGAAUGACGACAUAAUAUGUGAUUCAUCACCAAAGCAUAAAUUACAUGCAUUCAUGGUGGAGGAGUGUAUCCUUAGUGCCCACGAUGGAGUCAAUUUGAGAUGCCCAUUGCACUUCGACAUAUCUGUUGUAGACAUUGCGCCUGAUACUGUCUUCUUAGAUAUCAAUGAGGAUUAUCUCAUUCAGCCUAAUUCUGUGAAGCGAGGUAAAUUGAUCGGGCACGGUGCAUUUGGUUUUGUGUUUAAGGCUGCUCUCAAAAUUUCGGAUGCGAAUGCACAAGAUGUUGCAUUAAAAAUGUUAGAACCAGUGGAACCAGGUUUGGGUGCUCGAGUAUCAUCCGUUUCAGCAUAUAAGGCAGCAUAUACGAAAUGGCAACGAGAUCCACUGCAGAAUGCUUGUCGUGCAUACUGUACAUGUCGACAAGAACUGAAUGUGCUAGCAUCACUUCAGCAUUCUCACAUUACUGCGCUGAUGGGUGUAUGCCCACGACCUUUGGCACUUUUGGUUGAAUUAGCCCCUCUUGGUGCCUUAAAUCAUCUCCUCAACAAUUACAGGCGAAGCGGGGCUCGGUUACGUCUAAGUGUCAUUCAAGAUACUGCCAGUCAGGUAGCCAAAGCUUUGGAAUAUCUUCACGAACACCGCAUUAUUUAUCGUGACCUGAAAUGUGAAAAUGUUUUGACAUGGCGAUUUCCGCCGCCAUUUAGUACUAUAACGGAUGUUCUUGUUAAAUUGGGCGAUUAUGGUAUAUCGCGAAGCUCUUUUCCUUCUGGUGGUGCUAAGGGAUUCGGUGGAACGGAAGGUUUUAUGGCUCCAGAGAUAAUGCGAUACAACGGAGAACAAGAAUACACGGAAAAAGCGGACUGCUUUUCAUUUGCGAUGUUUUUGUACGAGCUGAUCAGUCUUAAAUUACCAUUCGAUGGCCAUGAACAACUUAAGGAAUACGUUCUGGAUGGUGGCCGACCGAGACUUACUCCUUCCGAAUUGUUAUAUCCUUGUAACGUGCUUGAUGUAAUGGUUGUCUGUUGGGCAGCACAGCCAGUGGAUCGUCCUUCAGCAUCUCAAAUUGUCUCUAUGACUACAGCUCCCGAAUUCACUCAUCUACUGGAUGUCAUUUCUUUGAAUGACCCUGAUUCUGCUGUCAAUUCUAGUAUUUCUUUUUCUACUGUGGAUGACGUGGAAUUUGGUUCCGCAAUAGAAGACAGUGUUGAAGGAGAAGUAUGGAUGAGCAGAUCAGACGGAUCUGUCACUGUUGUUAGUUGCAAUCAGUACGGUUGGCUAGAUUCUAAGAGCAUCAUUAUGAAUACGGACAAGACAGUAAUAUUGGCGAUGUGUGUGGUCGCCGACAAUGUAUGGCUUGCAGAAUCGACUGGAAUACUAAGGAUUUACUGCCGCUCAUCAUAUUCCGAACUUUGGUCGUUUUCAAUAUCACGUUUUCUCCCUACUGCACAUCUGUCUAUUAGUGUCAUUUCAUUAUCGGUUUUUAUUGCUACUCCGCUAUUAAUAUUAGUUACUCUUCCUUCUGCGUUAUUACUUGUGAAGGGUGAUCGUAUUACUGAUAAUCCUUUCGUCUCUUCCAUUGGUUUAUCCACCGUUCAUUCAUCAGCUAUAAUCGAUUAUGGCCAGAAUGGGAAGCAGAUAUGGACGGGACACGAACAUUCCUCCAUAUCCAUUUAUGAUGUAACUUUAGAAAAUCAACUGGUAUUAUCUGCAAACAUCUGUCAUGAAGAAAACCAAGUAAAUGCAGUUGAGAAAAGUUGUGUGUCGCAUAUGGUAACUGCUGAAACAGAUUCAGCGCUCUUAUGGUCUGUUCUCUCUCAUGGAAGCAAAGUGUAUCAGUGGUCCACUUCAUCACGAAUGAUUCGUAAUCGGCUUGACUCCCGUAAAAUUUUGCCUUCCUCGGAAUCAAUUUCAACCUUGGAUAUUGAGGCAUCUCGAGAUGGUUAUGUUUCUGCACUUGCGUUGCUAGAUAGGACAGAUGGUGCACAACUGUAUAUAGGAACAAGCAGAGGAGCAGUAAUUGUUGCUCAAGCUUUCGAGAUGCGACCACUUGCUGCAUUCCGGCCAUAUGUGGAAGAUGUACAUACGAUAAUUGUCUUGGACGUAGCUUCAGCUCUAAAUGAAUACAUACGUACUCGUAAAGACCUUAUCAGUGUGACAAGCUUAGAAAAACGAAGUUUUGGUGCUAACAGCACUGAUAGCGGUGAUAACUCAUUAGAAGGUGUUAGCCGAGUGAAGGAUCGCUUAUCAGAAACAGUAAAUCGUUUUAGGCAGGGUACUACCGAGCGUAUGUCUUCCUUAAAUAGUUACGUAAUUACGAUUGGAAAUGGAUAUAGAUGUCUGAUAGAUCGAUUUACGGAUCGGAAGCAUCAGGGUUCAACUACUCUUCGCCGAGAUUCGCACUGCGCAAUCAUCUGGCGCACAGAUGAAUGGGUUUCAUAA